GGGGAUGGCCUGAGCCGCUACCGCUCGCUGCUGCCGCUGCCGGUUCCUGGAAGCCAGGGCCUUAGGCUUUCUGUUCCUGGGGACACAGGGGCAGCGGGCCCAGGGCUGGCACCAUCAUUCAUAGUAUGGCUUCUAGGCAGGUGAGCCGGGUUCGAGCCCCCUCAUCUACUGCAGAGGAACAGGUGGCCCGACAGACUGAAGAUGUUUUCCGGAGCUAUGUCUACUACCGCCAUCAACAAGAACAGGAAACAGAGGGAGCAGCUGCCCCCGAGGACCCUGAGAUGGACACCUUGCCCCAAGAGCUCAGCAGCACCACGGAACAGGUUGGCCGACAGCUAGCCAUCAUUGGGGAUGACAUCAGCCGUAGGUAUGACUCAGAAUUCAAGGCCAUGCUGCAGACUUUGCAGCCCACCUCAGAGACUGCCUAUGAGUACUUCACCAUGAUCGCCUCCAGCCUAUUUGAGAGCGGCAUCAACUGGGGCCGAGUGGUGGCAUUGCUGGGCUUUGGCUACCGGUUGGCCCUACAUGUUUAUCAGAGGGGCCUGACGGGCUUCCUGGGACGUGUGGCUCGAUUUGUGGCCGACUUCAUGCUCCAACACUGCAUUGCUCGCUGGAUUGCCCAGAAUGGGGGCUGGGUGGCGUUCCUGGACGUCCCUAACAACUCCAUUUUGUACGUGAUGACAGUCUUGGCUAUGGUGCUCUUGGGGAGAUUCGUUAUCCGAAGAUUCUUCCAACCCUGACUCCAGGUGGUGGAGGCCUUUCGUGAAGACACGAGGCCUAAGUCUCUCCCAUCAUCCCCUUCCUCCUCCCGGACAAAAAGAACAGCCCUGUGCUACCAUGACAGAUCAGCCAGGAGGAGGAUGGUCACGCCAGGCAUCUUUCCUACCUGGGAGCCAGGGGGUACUGCGUACCCUGCUCUACCCCUUCAUGGUGCUUAUAGGCCCUUGUGUUUGGGAUCCAUCUCACUGGGUCAGAGAGGGGGCCACAGUUGUGUGAGUGCAGCCUCCAUUCCCUUCCCAAAACAGACACACACACACACACACACACACACACACACACACACACGCACACACACAUAC